AUGGGCAGCAGAGGGAGUGCCAGUCCCAAACCAACACCAAUUUUUGAGAAGAUGGGCGCCACAAAGCCUACUAUCCCGUCAUACUCAGCUCGUGCCUUUGUAACUGAACCGCUCACCUAUACACUCUCCUGGAACUUAUCAUUUAAUGUGCUUUCACUGCUCGUUCAAAACGCGGCCGAGCCUAUAACCAAAGGUAUAAAAGCGGAGCUCUGUGGUUUCCAGAGAAUUUGCGCAUAUUCGGCAUAUAACAUGAUCCUGAUCCUGCCCCCAGCUCACAGGGAACAGGUUGCACGCAUGGACGUGGUCAUACUCGGCUUCUUGCUUCUUUUGAGCGUCACUUCCGUCCUUUGCCUUAUGUAUUAUCUUAUUCUUCUUAACACUGGUAAGGAAAAAGAAGGCCCGGUCUGGCACAGGGCCAUUGACAAACGUAUGCUCAUAGCAUAUCACGAUCUCAAUCGCCAGGCGAGCCCAGAAGGCCGAGAUCUCUAUCUUGCAAUGGUUGAGACUUCUCUGGUCAAUGAGGCUCAAUGCUUCAUUUGUAUAGUCCCGUCUCGAUCGCCCUGUGGUACCGAUCGACGUCGCUUCGACUCAGUAGCCGACCUUGAACGUGGUGUCUCCUUCUUUAGUCGAUUCGGAUGA